GCUAGGAAAUCCCGCCCCCUCACGUGUAGCGGGGACGGUGGCUGGGAGGAGUCACACCGUAAGAGCCGAGUGUUCGCUUUCAAGCAGAAGUAAAAAUGACAGCACCUUCCAUGAAAGAAAGGCAAGUUUGCUGGGGAGCUCGGGAUGACUACUGGAAGUGCUUGGAUGAAAAUAUUGAUGAUGCCUCUAAGUGUAAAAAGUUAAGAAGCAUUUUUGAAUCAAGCUGUCCCCAACAGUGGAUUAAAUAUUUUGAUAAAAGAAGAGAUUAUUUAAAGUUCAAAGAAAAGUUUGAAGCAGGACAAUUUGAGCCUUCAGAAAGAACAGCAACAUCAUAGCUUUUUGUAAAAAGAAAUUUUUCUUUUACAAAUACUAUAACUAUUCUUUGUGGACAUCAGUAAAUAUUCCUUUGAAUACCAGAUUGCCAGGAUUGAUGGAAUGUGACAGAUGGGCCUCACUGUCAGCACAACUCUCCUGUUCUUAAUAGUACUGGAAAUGAUCAAAGAAGCCAAUGAUUAGAAUAUUUCAUUCAGGGAACAACUUGAAUAAAGUGGUAUAGAAAAUUUAAA